AUGAUAAACGUAAUCCCACGAAGUAGUAUCAUAAGUGAUUUCCUUAAAAACCAAAAAAUAUUGAAUCUAGGAGACGCAGGAACGAAUGUAAUUUAUCUAGUGGUGAAAACUUGCCUUUCUAGGGCAGAAGGAUUAAAGGCAUAUGUUCAAAGAACACAGCCUCCUUGUUCUGAUUCCCGUUCUUCUUGUAGCACUUUAACGUCACAAAUGACAGGAACAUCUAAGAAAUCCCACGAUUUUCACAAACCCAAUAUGUCUUCGUCUUUGAAAGGAGACCCCGGCGGUUUUACUGUCGAAGAACUGGAGGUACUGAGAUCCACGUCCGUUAUAAAUGGUCGUGAGUAUUUACCGUUUCUUGACGCCCUUGAUCUACAAGAACGAUUUUCCUUUGCUAAUCCUUUUGUUGAUAAAGAUGGACUUUUAGCACUGUCAAAUAAACAGAAAUCUUUACUUAGCCGUUGGGUACGUCCUUCUGAUUACAUUAAUGGACCAAAAAUGAUUUUGGCAAUAUCUUGUUUUUCUAUAUGCCAAACUGUAGUUACUGAUUGUUCAUUUGUCGCAUCGAUGGCGAUUGCUGCUCAAUAUGAACGACGUUUUAAAAAAAAGCUCAUUACAAAUGUUAUAUAUCCUCAAGGCAUAACUAAUGAAGCUAUUUAUAAUCCAUGUGGAAAAUACAUGGUUCGUUUAAAUUUCAACGGAGUUCCACGAAAGGUAAUUAUAGAUGACUUUUUGCCAAUGGGAAAGGAUGGAAAGCUGCUAUGUUGUUAUUCAAAUAAUCAAAAUGAAUUAUGGGUAUCUUUAUUAGAAAAAGCUUAUAUGAAAGUGAUGGGCGGAUAUGAUUUUCCAGGAUCAAAUUCGAAUAUUGAUCUGCAUGCAUUGACUGGUUGGAUUCCUGAACGUAUCUCCAUUCGAUCUAGUUCUACAAGUUUUGAUAAAGAUAAAGAAUUUCGUCGUCUUUUAAGUCGAUUUCAUAAAGGUCACUGUCUAGUUACAAUUGCAACUGGACAGUUAUCCGAUGAUGAAAGUGAACGGUCAGGUUUAGUUCCAACUCAUGCUUAUGCUAUGUUAGAUAUACGUGAGGUGGAGGAUUAUCGUUUAUUUUUACUGAAAAAUCCAUGGAGUCAUAUGCGUUGGAAAGGUAAUUUCUCUGAGCGUGAUUCAAAACACUGGACCCCCAGUAUGCAAGCUAAGCUGAAUUUUGAUAGAUCAUCUGCACAGUUAAUUGAUAAUGGUGUAUUUUGGAUAGAUUAUGAUUCUUUAUGUCAUUUCUUUGAUGUAUUUUACAUUAAUUGGGAUCCAGGACUAUUUCAAUAUACUACAUGUGUUAAUGAUUGUUGGCUUGCUGGAUCUGGACCAAAGAAAGAUUCUUACGCUAGUGCUGAAAAUCCACAGUAUAAUUUGGAAGUUACUGCCCAAACUGAAUCACCUAUAUGGGUGCUUUUAACAAGACAUAUUGUAGAUAAAGCAGAUUUUGCCGAAAACAAAGAAUUCAUUGCAGUGGUUGUUUAUAAAGAUGUCAAAUCUCGUAAAGUCUAUUAUCCUUAUGAUCCUGCACCAUUUUGUGAUUCUGUACGUAUUAAUAGUCCACAUUGUUUAGUUAAAAUGCUUCAAGAUCCUGGGACAUGCAAUUACAUUCUUUUGAUUUCACAAUAUGAGAAAUCAAUAACAAUUUAUUAUACAUUACGUGUAUAUUCAACAGCACCAUUUACCUUGUCAAAAAUCAAAGAUCCCUAUACUAUAUCAAAACAAAUUACUGGUGAGUGGAAAGGAUCAAAUGCUGGUGGCUGCAUAAAUGACAAAGAAAGUUAUAGAACUAAUCCACGAUUUGAAAUUAAUGUACCAAAUAAUAAUUGUGAUAAUCAGCUUUUGAUUGAAUUGCGUGGACCAAGAGAUUAUGCACUGGGCUUAGAAUUAAUUCGUAUAUCUGCUACAAAUGAUCAAGCACCCAAUCAGCAAAAUCGAUCAACUACUGGAGAUUACAGAAGAGGAUAUGUUGUUCUAGAACAAGCUGGUCUCUCUGGUGGUGUAUACAAUGUAAUUGUUUCCACUUAUCGACCUGGCCAAGAAGGACCAUUUAUUCUCUCGAUUAAAUCUAUAAGUAAUUUUACAAUAACCCCCAUAUGA